UGGGUUUCUUGGCUUCUCGCUUGCUCGGGUUUUAUGAAGGAAGCCACUGCGGCUCGCUCGCUCACUCGUUCGAUUCGAUCGAAGCCUGUUUGGCACGGUAGGCGGCUUGUGUAUGAUUUCCGAAUGUGUUUUGCGAUAUAUGUUUGAGAGACUCCGGCCGUCGCGCUACAACUUUUCAGUCGGUCUCAAGCAGUCACGGCGUAAAGCUCAAAAUGUGCGGUUCGAUAGUUGAUAUUUGGUUUAUUUAGUGUUUUUUGGACAUUCAAUACACAUUGCACUACCAGCUGGGGAAGAGUUGCAAUUCGGACAGUUUCGGAAGCAAGUGAUUCGUAUGAACAGGUGAACACAAGUGAUUUGAAUUCCGGAACCAAAUCCGUUGAUCGGAUCGGGUCGAAUGCAGUCAAAUCGAUCAAAAUCGCGAACAAAACAUAAAAUUAUGCGAAGAACACCUUCGUAGUUGAAUGCGCUACCGCAAGAGAAAAAAGAAGAAAAUUUUUAAAUCUUUGGGCUGACGAAAAAGAAGAAUUUUAUUUCCACGACAAGUGUUUCGGAAUCUUGAAAAAUUGUGCAAUUUUAGUUACGUUCUAACCUCGAAUACAAAGAGGCAGUGAUUUAAGUUUUCCAGCGAAGCAAAAAUAAACGGGAAGCUAAGUGACCAAAUUCCAGCGUCAACAUCUCAUACACCCCAAGAAAUAACAACCAAACCUUGGGAAUUCCUGCAAGCAAACAAAAGAACCCUAGGAAAGGUCGGGAUUUUACGGUUGGAAAUUCCCUUUUUCCCAUCUCAAGGACCUCCGUUCGCUUUCACAUGUGCGCCGAUGCAUGAUCUAAUUUAUAGCUUCACUCGAGAGAAGGGUCACAGCAAAGUUCAAAGGACUUGCAAGGCACAUAACCUACCUGGAGUCAUGCAAGUGAGCGAACAGUCCUGAAAUAACAAGGCAAGGCACAUUCUUCAUCCCUGGAUUCCUCAGAACAAAGAACCCGAAUGCGGAGCGACCUCAGGAAGGUCAAUAAAAUAUGUCACCAUUUCAGGUGGUGACGAUCGAAGAAGGUAGCCCACUAAACGGGGAAGCAGCCACUUUGUCGUCUACGGGGUCGAAGCAGCAAAGACGGCGACAAUGAUCAAUCGAACCAGACGGAGGAGCUGAAUUUCAGUUUGCCCAUGGUUGUUUGAGUGCAAUCAUUAUUUUGUUUUCGGACCGCUCGAAAUUUUUCGGACCUUUGGAGAACAGAAAGCAGAAAAUUGAAAUUACUCGCAAUUUUGGAAUGAACAAAAAUUGUGCUAAAUGUUGUAGUGCGCUCAUGAAAAAGUAACAUUCGGGAUUUUUGGUAGUGCAAGAAAAAUUACGUCGAAAGCUGACAAAGAGCCAAGAGUUUUCGUGAUUUUAUGUUAGUGUCCAGAACAAAAGCAAAGUGUAGAAAAAUAAGCACAUUGAGGCGGAACAAAAUUACAUUUAACUCCAUUUGUGUUUUGUGUCAUCACCCUACGUUAAGAAAAGUUUCGGAUUUUUGCUGUAGUGAAUGGUAUCCAAUAUAGAAAUAGUGUAAGCAGAUUCAGAUUUAGAAGAAAACAAAAAUCGAUACGAUUUUCCGUGUUUGUGAGCGAAUGUUCGGCGAAUCUAAAAACGCGAAGAGUGCGCUAAAGCUACGUAGUGGAUUUUAAAACACUUUUUUUCCCGAUUUGAAAGCAUAUAAACCAGAUCGGAAAUCUUCGUCUUCUGAAAGAGAUCUACCCCUAACUGUCGCGCACAUGCAGCUGCUAGACUAGAGACCAGAUGAAAGAAAAGUUUGAAAUCAUGACGGAUCAGGAGCAUUACAGCCUUCGGUGGAACAACCACCAGAACCACAUUCUACGGGCAUUCGACACCCUGCUGCAGACCAAAACCCUCGUUGAUGUCACACUGGUCUGUGCCGAGACGAGUAUUCGGGCGCAUAAGGUCGUCCUUUCGGCGUGUUCGCCAUUCUUUCAACGGGUGUUCUCCGAAACGCCCUGCAAGCACCCUGUGAUAGUGUUGAAAGACUUCCGCGGAUGGGUUGUGCAAGCGAUCGUUGACUUUAUGUACCGCGGCGAGAUCAGCGUUCCCCAGGAACGGCUCUCAGUGCUGAUCCAAGCUGGAGAAUCUCUACAGGUUCGGGGACUAGUAGACCACCCUGUAGCAGGAAACACACCAACGCCAGCGCAGUCGCCAGAAGACUUCAGUCUACUGGACUCCUCACUAAUAUCGCCAACUUCUCCGUCACUUCCGUCGCCAAACUUCAGCCACCACCAUGCCCGCCAUCCGCAUCCAAAUUCUACGGCAACGAGUAUGUUGGGCGCCAGUACUCCGAAGCUCCUGCUGCCACCACAGGUGUUCGCCGAUCCUGCCCUGAAUCUGCCCAACCCUGAUCUCUGCACAUCUCCAAUGCCCCGCCGGAAACAGGCUCGCCCAAGACGUCGAUCAGGUGACUGUGCCCCACAGGAUCUCAGCAGUAAACCCACCAGCCCCGUUCCCCCCAGCAUCGAUGACAAAGAAGAUGAAGACAACGAACUUGACCGUGAAGAUGACGAAGACCAGGAAGAGGAGGAUGACGACAUCAAAGAAGUCAUUCGGAGAAGUGACAGCGAAGACAAAAAGGACCCCAGCCCACACAAAACGCCAAGCAAAGACGACGACAACGAAAAAGAAAGCAAAAAUAACUCGACUGCAUCGACGGCUACGCUCUCCGGAAUGGAUGGACCCGAGAACCUAUGCAUGAAGAAAUCCUCAUCUCUAAGCAGUAGCUCUAGCAGCGGAAACAAUUCCUCCAACAAAGACAGUAGUUCUCGGUUAUCGGAUCAAUCGAGUUUAAAAGACAGCCCUCCAGAAUCAACGAUCGGUCGACUUUCGCUCAAGGACAUCCGCCACCUGAAUCGCUCGGCGUUGGUCCGCUCGAUGAGUUCCCUGUCGCCUCCGCCUUCAUUUCACUUGAACAACAAUCCUCCAUCCAGUCUAUCCCACCAUGACAAGCGAGUCAAGCUGGAAGAUCGGGACGAUGAUCGGCUUGGCGACGAUGACGGGCCCCAUUUUUUAGACCACAUGGACCUUGCCCUAGCCGCACACCAACACCCAUUAGCCCAUCUCUCGCAUCACAGUUCUUCGCCGCAGCUUCGACCUCCGGGCCUUACGCCGGACGGUGAGAACAACAACAGCAGUAGCAGUAAGAACAACAACAAUGGGAACGCCUCCGGAAUGGGAAACGGAGCCGGCCGCGACGGAAGCACCGGUCCCGGUUCGAUGGGUGCCAAAGAAGGCCGACUGGGUCCGAAGGAUUUCCUGCACAGUCCGACGCUGAAUUUUCCGCCGUUCUUCAACCAAUCGGACGGCGGAGGUCCUCCGAGGCCCCCACACUCUCCGCUUUCGUUCCCGCAUAUGCCGUCGGUUUCGUCGCUGACGCUGACCCCGCCGCACAUGUUCAGUCUGGACUCCCCGCUGGGCCUCUUCCCGCCCGGGAUAGACCCCGGUAAAAUGUACAGCCCCCUACUGGAAAUGUCCGACCCACGCGGAAUGCAUCACGAUGGCCCACCGUUCCAUUUGAAAAAGAAACUGAACCGACCCAAAGGACAGCAUUCGGCGCCCCGCGGAGGACCACCCCGGUCCUGGACCAAUGCCGAGCUAACCGAGGCCCUGCAGCACGUGUGGAACAAGAAGAUGACCACCAGCCAGGCGUCGCGGAUAUUCGGCAUCCCGUACAACUCGCUGCUCAUGUACGUCCGGGGAAAGUACGGCAAGAGUCUCAAGCUGGAACAACUGCGGAAGGACUGCAUCAGUGGGCCCCCAAUUGAGCUGCUCCAGAUGGGCAUGAACAACAACAACAAGGACAAGAAGGAUGGCCAGGACAAGGAUAUGCCUCUGCACCAUCCCGGUGGAAAUCCGAACGGAAGCGGUAACGGUUCAUCAGAUCAGCGAGGACCUCGCUCGGCGUCGUCGGAACCGGAGAUGCUUUCGAGUCCAAAUCCGCUGUUCAAUCCGUUCCCGCCUGGGUUCUAUCCGGACUUUCCGGGCGGAUUCCCAGGACUACCGCUGAGUAUGCUGAAUCUCCUGCCUCCGGAUCGACAUCACCCCGGCUCCCAUCAGCUUCCGAUGAGCAUCGACGAGGACUGUAAAAGCGAUCGAUCCAAGCAGUCCAUGGACGACGACUUCCCGCAACCGUUGGCACUGAAUCGCUCCGGGAUGAGUGGAGGAGGAGCAAGCAGUGCAAACUCGGAUCGAGGAGUGGACGGUCCGCCAACGGACAGUCGACGGGAAAUCUAUCAACAGAAUGGACAGGACUAAUAUAUGUACUUUCUUGACCGACUCAAGGCAAUGCCGCGGUAUCCCAAGUGGGUGGGUUGAGAAAGGUAGCGAAAGAGAUACGGUGAUGGGUGGAGGUGAGAAGCGAAGUGGAGGGUUGAAAGAGAAACGAAACAACUUUCGGCUGUGUGAUACAAAUCGAUGAAACAAAGUCGACAAAGCACCGAACGAACCCUACCUUAUCGACGGGGUUGGUGUCUGAGAUUGCAAUAAGCUGGCCGCCGAUCAGCGUCGGCUAAGUUUAGCAGCGGCGGCUGAUGAAAAACUGCGCCGCUGCAUUUCGACUAAGCUUUAGACAGCAAAAGCUGAUACAACUGAACAGAGAGCAAAAACAACAAACGAAAACGUGAUAGCGGUUAGGUUUUAUGUUAGUUCCAAUGAUUCCUAAUGAUUUUAUUUCUUUGUUUUAUUGUAAUGAUAUAUUAGUUCAAUCAUUAUUUGAAUGCAAUGUUAUAGUAGAACGAAUGCAAUAUUUUAUUUUUGUAAUGAACAAGUGUAAAGUAUUUUAUUUUAUUAUAUAAUCAAACAUAAAACAUGCAAGUUAAAUCUUUUGGGGCAAUAUUUAUACUCGAAAAUUGUGCGAAUAGAGAAAAUUAGUUUAAGUUUCGUGUCUUUUAUCAUAAGUUCAGUGAGAUGGUGCUUUAUGGAAUAUAGGUUUUAGUUUUUUACUUGCGAAAGCCAAACACACCGACCGAUAACUAUAUGCAGUGGUAACAACACAAUGACAGGUCUCUUUCAGCAAACGGAAGAGGUCAUCCGCAAAACACGAAAAAACAAUAGAACUACUAAACGUAAGAAAUGAACAAACGUGCUUCCUGAGUAUAUAAGUUAAAGUAUAAGUUUUAAAAUCCAAUCUACAGUGAAACUAUAGGCAGAGAAACGAAUGCAACAAUUGGGAAUGUAGCGAGGAAAUAGAUGGUACAGAACAGCCACACAAACACAUACAAACGAAGGAAACUACUUAACUACUUAUAACAAUAGCUAAUUUAUUUAUGAAAUCAUAACGAAGAGAACGCAUACAUCGCAGAACGUUGAUGUCAUAGUAGGAUCAGUAUAUUUUCGGUUACUUUUAGUUCCAAAUGUAGCAUAAUUUUUAUUUUUGUUGAACCAUUUUAUACGUUCUACUGGAAACACUUCUUCCGUUCGUAUGCAAAAAGUAUUAUUUUGAGCUCCCUUUGUAUAUUGUAUUAUUUACUCUUUUCUGCACGACCAGCGUACUUCAAAGAAGAAGCAAACGGGCAACAACAAACGAUACAGUAUUAAUCAAAUAAAUACAACAGUUUUACACAACUUUAUUUUUUGGUUUUGUUUUAUUUCCUUAUUUGAUCACCCCUACCCAUGACAGCCACAUAUAAUCAAUAAAAGACUGAUAUUUCCCCUUUUUUGUUUUGACCUGUUUUUGUUUAAGUUUUUUAUAUCACAAACAUUUCUAUUAGAAAACAAAACAGCCAAGCAAAAGGUCAAAGGCCAAUCAAAAUGAGAACAUUCGAGUAUGUAUCAAUGUUUCAUUCCAAGGCCGGUAAACACGAUCACAGCAACAGACUACAAACAAAAUCUACUAAGAAAAACUAAAGGCGGUCAAAGCCCGCAAUCGCUACAUUAGUGUAACAAUAAUAGAAACAAAAAAAAACAAACGCAGUUACAAAAUGGAAACUGAAAUGGAACUAAUUUUAACUCGCAUUACAUAGGUUAUAACGAGAAAAGGCGAUGUGGACGAAAGUCCGCUCGCAAAACUAGAUGUCUUUACUGCAGGAUUUUGUUUCAGCUUAACGCUCUUUGGUUACAGUGCUAGACAGUGAUGAAUCUGUUCAAUUACCUCAAAUACUAACUCUACUAACCAUAACAGUACAGCAAACCAAAACAGUGGGAGAAGGGACGGGUAAGCCUCAGUUUCUCUGUUUCAACAAACAAAACGCAAUGCAACACAAUAGACUAUUUUUUACCAAGCAGAACAAUUGUUA